AUGACUGGACGUGGCAAAGGAGGAAAGGGUCUCGGCAAGGGUGGUGCCAAGCGUCAUCGCAAGAUUUUGCGUGACAACAUCCAGGGUAUCACCAAGCCCGCUAUUCGCCGUCUCGCUCGUCGUGGUGGUGUCAAGCGUAUUUCCGCUAUGAUCUAUGAGGAGACCCGAGGUGUCUUGAAGACCUUCCUUGAGGGCGUCAUUCGUGAUGCGGUCACAUACACCGAGCAAACAGAUGUUGACAUCACACCCAGCGCCAAGCGAAAGACGGUCACAUCUCUCGACGUUGUCUAUGCUCUCAAGAGACAAGGCCGUACCCUCUAUGGAUUCGGUGGUUAG